GAUAUUAUAUUAUAUUGGGGUCCUCAAUCUUGUCCCCCAGGAUGCGACCCACACCAGUCGACUAACACCCAAGUACCUAUUUGCUGCUAGGUGAACAGGACAACAGGUGUAAGGAAAUGCAUUGAAAUGCUUCUACCUUGCUAGGAAUUGAACCCAGGACCUCGGCAUGUGAAGCGAGAGCCUUGCAAGCCAGGCCACAGUUACACAAAACGUGAGGAUGGUAGAUGACAAGACAAACGAUGUGUCUGCUGCUGCAUCACAGGAAAUGUUGAGUGACCUGGACUGGAUCACGCUGAAGAAGGAUAUUGGUUCCGAGCACCCACAAGAAUUGUCUGGUGAUAAGUUCAAGAGGAAGUUUCAAGAAAAUCCAUUUGUACCAGUUGGAUGUGGAUUAACAACAGCAGCCCUUUGCUAUGGUCUGUGGAGUUUUAGUUCAGGUCAACGCAAAACUUCCCAGAAUAUGAUGAGAUUCCGUGUUUUUGCACAGGGCUUUACUGUCAUUGCUAUGAUGCUAGGCAUUGUAAAGGCAUCACUUAAAUAGUAAAAUAAUUAAAAUAUAUUGGCAAUGUAGGUAAACAAAUUAGUUAAUACAGUGUACUAUCUACUAAGAUAAAUUUUCAGCACCAAAAUUUAUUUUCUAUUUGUAAAAUAGAAAAUAUAUGUACUAAAAUUACUAAACAACUUUGAUUUUAUUAUUCGUUUCCAAUACAUAUAGUAUAAUUAUGUCUAGAUGAGAAAGAAAUUGCCUCUGUAUCACUAGCAAAUAAAAUGGCCAUGGUUACUGACUAAUACUUGGAAUUUGAGCAUUAUUUUACAAUUUACUCAACCCACACAUAGGGGCAAAAACUCAUCAUUAGUUUCUUUCUCAUAUGUGUGGGUUAUUUGUGUAUUGCUCCAAUCAUAGUUUUGUGCCUUUUUAUUCUUUAUAGUUUACAAUUUAUAAUACAGCAAACCCUUGAUGUAAUGGAUUAAAAGGGGGAUUGUCAGUAUGUCUGUUAUGUAAGAAUGUUAAAAAAAUAGCAAAAAUUGCACUAAAUUAAUCUAGUAUAUAGCUAAUGUAGAACUGCACACACAAUUUACAGAUAUGAUGCAAUAAACAUUGAAAAUAAAGAGGUUAAAAGUAUAGUUUAACCAGUGGAUUUUGUCCAGAAUUUUAAAAGCUUUUUAAAAGCCUGUUCAUACAGCCUAUGUACAUCAUGGAAUUAGUAAAUAUCUCUUGUGCAGAUUGUUAUUUUGGGAGAUAUUAGCAAAAAUAGUACAUUUAGUUUGGUUGCACAGCAUGUCUUGACCAAUUAAUGCUUAGUAUGUGCUGAAUUGUGUCAUACGCCAGCUGAAUGUCAAAAUAAAAUAAAAUCAGAUGCUUUAUUUCCUUGUAAAGCUUACAAUGUGUGGUUUACAUGUUAUAAAAUAUUAAUUACAAAGAAGGCCACUAGCAUGCCUAGGCAUUUCUAAUUAUUUUUAUUUUAUUAACACACUGGCCGAUUCCCACCAAGGCAGGGUGGUCCGAAAAAGAAAAACUUUCACCAUCAUUCACUCCAUCACUGUCUUGCCAGAAGGUGCUUUACACUACAGUUUUUAAACUGCAACAUUAACACCCCUCCUUCAGAGUGCAGGCACUGUACUUCCCAUCUCCAGGACUCAAGUCCGGCCUGCCAGUUUCCUUGAACCCCUUCAUAAAUGUUACUUUGCUCACACUCCAACAGCACGUCAAGUAUUAAAAACCAUUUGUCUCCAUUCACUCCUAUCAAACACGCAGUAUGUUUGAACAUAUAUUAUUAGAUACAUACAUAAUUAGAUACAUACCUAAUUAUCUUAGGCAAACUUAGGACUAACUUAAGAUUUAAUAGGCAAUGGCUAUAUUAGGAAUUUUAUGUUUACAGUCAUUUAGGUGGGUGUAAGUGUAAAUUAGGGGGGAAUUAUAGAUAACGAAAGUAAGACUAUAUUGUUUUGGAUGUAUUCGUGAUACAAAAAGAAAAUUAGGUGGUUUUCAUUUGGUUAGCUGAUGAUGGGGUGUGUUAGGGAGAUAUGUUUUUUAACAGGGAUUUUAAAAAUGGUGGUUGAGUCUAUGGUUCUAGAGUUUUCAGGCAGGGAGUUCCAGAUUUUAGGCCCCUUUUAUGUACAUUGAAAUUUUGUAGAAGUUUAGCCAGACACGGGGAAUGUCAUAGAGACUUUUGUGUCUGGUAUUGUCUGUGUGUCCUGUUGCAACCGUCAAGAAAGCAUUUCAGUUCAUGGUUAAUAUUAGAAUUUAUGGUUCUGUAAAUGUAGGUUGCACAGUAGUAAGUAUGGAUGUUCUGUACGUUGAGUAGGUUAAGGUCUUUGAAGAGUGGGGGUGUGUUUUGUCUUGCAUUGGAUUGCCAUGAUAAUUCUUACUGUGGCAUUCUUUUGAGUUAUUAUUGGUUAGGUAAGAUUGUUAUGUUUGGUUUGGUUAGGUUAAGUUACAUUUAGUUAGGUUACAUAGUAUGACCUGACAAUGCCAUCAGUAGAUAAGCAUCUUUGUUUAUGUUUAGCCAUGCACAUGACAUGAUCCAGCUAGCUGAGUGACCACAAUAAGUGUAUUAUUUUCCUUAUUCUUCUUUCUUUCAAUGCACCAGCCAUAUCCCACUGAGGUAGGGUGGCCCAAAAGGAAAAACGAAAGUUUCGCCUUUUAAAUUUAGUUAUAUAUACAGGAGAAGGGGUUACUAGCCCCUUGCUCCCGGCAUUUUAGUCGCCUCUUACAACACGCAUGGCUUAAGGAGGAAGAAUUCUGCUCCACUUCCCCAUGGAGAUAAGAGGAAAUAGACAAGAACAAGAACUAGAAAGAAAAUAGAAGAAAACCCAGAGGAGUAUGUAUAUAUAUGCUUGUACAUGUAUGUGUAGAGUGACCUAAGUGUAAGUAGAAGUAGCAAGAUGUACCUGAAAUCUUGUAUGUUUAUGAAACGGAAAAAAAGACACCAGCAAUCCUACCAUCAUGUAAAACAAUUACAGGCUUUCGUUUUACACUCACCUGGCAGGACGGUAGGACCUCCCUGGGCGGUUGCUGUCUACCAACCUACUACCUACAUUUUCCUUAUUAUCUCCCAGAAAUAGCAGUUGGCUUACUCAUUCUGUGUUGUGCAUAGGCUGUACAGUAUGUAUCAUAAAGCAGAAAUACUCAAGCAAUGCAUUAUGUAAGAGGAAUGUAUUAUGCUGACCAAUGCAUUAUGUAAAAGGAAUGUAUUAUGCUGACCAAUGCAUUAUGUAAGCAAUGCAUUAUGCUGACCAAUGCAUUAUGUAAGAGCAAUGCAUUAUGCUGACCAUUGUUAUAUGUUGACAAAUGCAUUGUGUAAGAGCAAUGCAUUAUGCCUACUGGCCCAUGUUUUGCAGGUACUUCUCAAAUGUAACCCUCUCAACUUUAUAUUUGUUCAACUUUUUUUAUAGACUUCUCAAAAUUUUAGCUUCAUAAAUGAUCCAAUGGUGUGCCCAGUAGUCCUAUUGUAGCUUUUCACUGGACAUGUCACCCCUGUAUAAAUUGCCCUCCUUCCUCUAAUGUAUAUACUGCUGAUGAGGACCCCAGGUGGUAGUUGAAAUAUAUAGUUAGUUUCAUUGCA